AUGAUGCACUGUAAGGCAUACAGGCUGAUAGAUUUCUACGGUGAUAACGAAGCGACUAGUGGUUGGCGUCUCCUCGCCGGUCUCACCAAGGAGCAAUCCUACAUAUGCGCUGAGUCGAUUGCCAUGUUGUGUCUCGCUGCUGGUCUAGCUGACUUGAGCCCAAUUGAUUUGCCCUGGGGUUACAAGUAUACUAUCUCAGACUAUGGGGAAAUCAUCGGCUACGAGGACGAGCUAAGGGAUUGGAUCUUCUUGUAA